CGGUGUGUGUGGGGGGGUCCCAGGAGUGGGCCGAGGAGCCCUCAUGCCCUCCUCCCGCAGGACCACUGCUUCUACCAGGGCCACGUGGAGGGGCAGGAGCACUCGGCCGCCAGCCUCAGCACCUGUGUUGGCCUCAGGGGCUUCUUCCGGGCUGGCUCAGCUGUCCACCUGAUUGAGCCCCUUGCUGGGAGUGAUGAAGAAGGGCAGCAUGUGCUGUACCAGGCGGAGCACCUGCAGCAGAAGGCUGGGACCUGUGGGGUCAGCGACCGCAGCCUGGAUGAGGUCCUGGGGCCUAGGAUCUCAGCAGCCUUCAGGCCCCCGACCUGGCCGCUACCCCGAGAGACCCGCUAUGUGGAGUUGUUUGUGGUUGUGGACAGCACGGAGUUCCGGCUGUUGGGGAGCAGAGAAGCUGUGCGCAAGAGAGUGCUGGAGGUGGUGAACCACGUGGACAAGCUUUAUCAGGAACUCAAUUUCCGCGUGGUCCUGGUGGGUCUGGAGGUCUGGAACAGUGGGGACAAAAUCCGUGUCAGCUCCCAUGCCAACAUCACGCUGGAAAACUUCCUGGCCUGGCGGGCGCACAGCCUGGCAGGGCGGCACCCACACGACAACACACAGCUUAUCACCGGCAUUGACUUCACCGGGACCACCGUGGGCCUGGCCAGAGUGUCCUCCAUGUGUUCCUGGGACUCGGGGGCUGUGAACCAGGACCACCACCACCACCCAGUCGGUGUGGCAUCCACCAUAGCCCACGAGAUGGGCCACAACCUGGGCAUGGACCACGACGAGAAUGUCCAAGGCUGCUACUGCCCGGUGCCGCGGGAGGGCGGCGGCUGCGUCAUGGCGGCCAGCAUCGGCUCUCAGUUCCCCAGGAUGUUCAGCCAUUGCAGCCGGGCCGACCUGGAGGUGUUCGUGGAGAAGCCCCACACGGCCUGCCUGGUGAACGCCCCGGACCCUGACCGGCUGUUGGGCGGCCCUGUGUGCGGAAACCUGUUCGUGGAGCGGGGCGAGCAGUGUGACUGUGGCCCACCCCAGGACUGCCAGAACCACUGCUGCAACGCCACCACCUGCCAGCUGGCUGUGGGGGCUGAGUGCGCCCAGGGCGCUUGCUGCCAGGACUGCAGGGUGAAGCCAGCCGGGGAGCUGUGCCGCCCCACGAGGGACAGGUGUGACCUCGAGGAAUACUGUGACGGCCAGGCGCCGGGGUGCCCAGAGGACGCCUUUCAGGAGAACGGCACGCCCUGUCCAGGGGGCUACUGCUAUGAUGGGAGCUGCCCCACACUGGCCCAGAGGUGCCGGGACCUGUGGGGGCCAGCAGGCGCCCGGGUCACUGCAGAGGAGUGCUACGCCUAUGGCAUCCUGCCAGGUUGCAGGGGCGGGAGCCCCCUGGGUUCUGGAAGGGCUGACAUGUGUGGAGUCCUGUUCUGUGAGGGUGGGCGGAAGCCCCCAGAGCGGACCUCCUGCACACUCUCAUCCCACCUAGCAUCCUGCCAGGCACUUGGCAGGGUGCACAGCACCCAGUACGAGCCAGUGCCUGGCACCCAGUAUGAGCCGGUGCCUGAAGGCACCAAGUGUGGUGAGGAGAAGGUUUGCUGGAAAGGACGCUGCCAGGACCUACAAGUUUACAGAGCCAGAAACUGCUCCGCUCAGUGCGGCAACCGCGGGGUGUGCAACCACAAGAGGCAGUGCCACUGCCAGCCAGGCUGGGCCCCACCCCACUGCAUAGAGCUGCUGUCGCAGAAACGCCCAGCAUCCAGGAGACUCCCUGUGGCCGCGCUGGUGGCUGUGCUGCUCCUGGUGGCCCUGGUGCUCACCCUGGCAGGCGUGGUUAUCUACCUCAAGGCCUGGCGACGCAUCCGCUGGAGGAGCUCAACACCCAAGACUGCUGUGGGGCUCUCCAACCCCCUGUUCCAGGAGGGGCACCGCUCGACAGCCAAGGGCAGGGCUCUGGCCCCCACUGCGGGACCCCUGGAGCCAGUCCCUACCACCCACCCCAGCCAGUGCCCCCAGCCCGGGGGUUCUGUGGUGACCACAGAACGGCCACCCCCAGCUCCUCCAGCCUCCAUGUCCAGGCCGCCCUCCAUCCCCGUCUACACCCAGCAGACCCCAAGCCAGGUCCUGACUGUUCCUUCUCCGUCCCACCAGCUCAGACCUGUUCCUCCUGCCAAACCCCUCCCGGUGCUGAAGCCCAAGCAGGUGGUCAGGAGGCCCACCUCCACACCUCCAGUGCCACCCAUCAAGCCUGGGGCUGCAGGAGCCAAGCCUGGACCCACCCAGGGAGUUGGCCCAAAGGUUGCUCUGAAACCCCCAGUCCAGAGGAGCUGAUGGCUGAGCUCCCACCCGCCGGGGGCAUGUGCACCUGUCUGCCUGAUUGUAGGAAGAACCACGGAGCCCCGGGCCUUGGCCCCCAGGCAGAAGCCCAAAGGGAGGAGCUGGCCCUCCAACCCAGCUCCCUGCCCCUUGCG